ACCAAUUAAUCCACCCGUUUACUGUAGUGUAUACCGUAUCGCACCAUGGCCGACUUCGAAACAACAAUCCAGCAAGCUGUUGAUGCAGAAGAGAUACCAGGCUGCGUCUUGCUCGCUACAAACCGCGAUGGCUCCUUCGAGUACGCCAAAACAUUCGGCAACACGUCCAUGAAGUCCGAAAACGCUAAACCGCUCCAGCUGGACAUAGUGAUGUGGGUAGCAUCCUGCACUAAGCUGAUGACCUCCAUCUGCGCACUGCAGCUUGUCGAGUGCGGUAAGCUGACCCUUGACGAUCCUGUCUAUACCCACAUCCCCGAGCUCAAAGAUUUCAAGAUCCUUGAAUCUUUCGAUGAUGAGGGAAAGCCUAUCGAAAUAGAGCACACUAAAUCUAUUACCUUACGUACGCUCUUGACGCACACCAGCGGAUUAACCUACAGUGUCUUGCACCCCAAGCUCCUAGCCUGGCUCGCCUACCAUGGACGACAGCCAGGUGCAGGCGCAAAGCUGUUACAGCGAUACGACGCACCGCUCACCUUUGAACCAGGAGAAAGCUGGAUGUACGGCCCUGGCAUUGACUACGCUGGCCUACUCAUAGAGCGCGUGACGGGACUCUCACUUGAGGCGUACAUGCGGCAGAACCUCUGGGAACCACUUGGAAUCACGGACAUGACAUUCCGCCUUAGUUCUUAUCCAGACAUGAAAGCCAGAAUGGCGGAUAUGAGUUUCCGAGACGAAGGGUCGGCCACUGUUAGGUACACGGCGGCGAGGCAGGGGUACCUGGACGUGGAUGGAGGGGAGAUGCAGUCUUGUAUGGGUGGUGAUGGAGUCUUCACGAGCGCAGAGGAGUACAUUAAGGUUUUGAAAGCUCUUCUGACAACUGAUGAGGAUGAGAAGCUGUUGAAGAAGGAUACGCUUGAGGAGUUCUUCAAGCCGCAGUUGGGUGAGGCUGCUUCGGCAGCGAUGAAUGCGAUGUUGCAGGUUGACAUGGUGAACAACGCUAUGGGUGGGACACAGAAAGACCAGAAGAAGGACUGGGGCUUUGGGGGCCUUCUCCUUCUGCACGACCAAAUUGAUGGCAAAGCAGCUGGUAGUAUGAUUUGGGGCGGUCUGCCGAAUCUGACAUGGUGGGUCGACCGUAAGACGGGACUCUGUGGCUUGUACGCGGGACAAAUGAUGCCUACCGGAGACACGAAGUGUUCAGCGUUGGACCGUCAAUUUGAGGCGGGUAUGUACAAGAAUUAUAAUCAGAGCGGUCUUGCAGGUCUGCGCUCCUAAUGGUAUGGUAUCUGUUUGCUCAGAGUUAAGGCGUGUGCGCGAUAUUAUAGAAGUGCCGCAUUCCAUCUUGUCGCGACACCACAACCGAGCAGGAUGUAUCGCCUCUGCAAAUCUGGCGGACUGUGCUUUGCUAGACACAAGAAUUCGCAGUCACUGAUGGUAAUUUAUUAUACUGGCGACAAUCCUAUGACUUGAUUACCUG